GAGGGGGGCGGGAGGUACGGCGAGCGCGUCCGCGGCGCCCCGCCCAGUCAAAGCAAGGUUGCGCGUGCCCGGGGCGAGCGCCAGGAUGGUGGUGGGCGCGUUCCCCAUGGCGAAGCUGUUCUACUUGGGCAUCCGGCAGGUCAGCAAGCCGCUGGCCAACCGCAUCAAGGAGGCCGCCCGCCGCAGCGAGUUCUUCAAGACCUACGUCUGCCUCCCGCCAGCCCAGCUGUACCACUGGGUGGAGAUGCGGACCAAGAUGCGCAUCAUGGGCUUCCGGGGCACAACCAUCAAGCCGCUGAAUGAGGAGGCGGCUGCAGAGCUGGGUGCUGAGCUGCUGGGCGAGGCCACCAUCUUCAUUGUGGGCGGAGGCUGCCUGAUCCUGGAGUACUGGCGCCACCAAACUCAGCAGCGCAGCAAGGAGGAGGAGCAGCGGGCGGCCUGGACCGCGCUGCAGGACGAGGUGGGCCGCCUGGCCCUGGCGCUGGAGGCUCUGCAGGCUCAGACACAAGCGACACCCUCACUGAGCGCCCUGGAGGAGGUACGGGCAGAGCUGCAGGAGGUGCGGGCCCAGAUCUGCCAUGCGCACUCCAUUCCCAAGUGCCAGGAGGCAUCGUCCAAAAAAUAGCCGGCUUCUGAGGCCUGGACUUGUCCGUGGCCAUGCGGACCCCAGCAGGGCCUCUUCCCCACA